AUGAUGGAUACAGCUACUGAGGUACCGAUAUAUGUUGGAGGGGUUGUCGACCGAGUUGAUCUGCUUGUUGAUCAAAUGUCAUAUUUUGAGUUGGUGAGUACAUUGAUCGAGGAUUUAGAAUAUUCGUCGGUGGAAAGGGUGUGGUAUUUGACUCCGGGACAAAGUAUGGAACAUGGGCUGCACGAGAUACGCACUGAUGCCGACGUUAUUAAUGGUCUACUUGUGGAUACCGAGCUAGGAGAGGUGUCUUUGUUUUUUGAAGCAACUAAGUUCAUUCAUGAGAUGGGAGACAACUAUGGGCAUAGCGAGGAUGUUGAAAAUGAGGAGGGUGACAACUCUGCCGUAGCCGAGUUCGUCCGGAUAGAUGAAGACGAGGCUCAAACGUCGGAUGAGGAAUAUCAUGAAAUACGGGCCCGUUAUCGUCGCAUGCUACAGAGGUCUAGGCUCGAGGAGACUGGAUCGGGGGAAGAAGUUGAUCAGUUGUUUGUAGACCCCAAUGAGUUGAACGAGCCUGUUCAACCUAGUGUGAAUGUCGAUGAAGAGGCCGCCGAUGGACAAGGAGUGGAGGGUGAACAGAGUGGUGAUAUGGGUGAUGAUGAAGCUCAAGGGUCUGAGGCAACGGUCUAUAGGGGUUCUGAAAACUCAGAUCAUGUUCGUGGCAACAUUGGCGAGGAAGAGGAAGUGUCCAUGAUUGACAAGUGUCGGUUUUAUGAUCCCAACUGUGAUCAUAAGACAUUGUUGAUCACUACACAUAUGAGGUUUGCUAGUCCUGAGCAGUUUAAAGAGGCCAUUACAAGACAUUCCAUUGAGAUUGGUGCUGAUAUACGAUGGGUACGCAGUAGCCAGAAGAAAAAAGAGGCUGUUUGUGCCCAAAACUGUGGCUGGAGGGUGUAUGCUUCUUGGUAUGGGAAGAGAGAGACCUUUAUGGUCAAGGGUGUUGGGACACCACAUGACUGCCCUCGUUCUUUUCGCAUCCGUGGUGCUACUGCCAAGUGGAUAGCUACUGAAUAUCUGGAGAGGUUUAGGGUGGACCAAGAUUGGAAUGUGAAUUUGAUGGCAUGGGAAAGGGUAUGUUGUUGA